AUGUGCUGCGUGUCCAGAGGCAUCUCUGCCCUGAUGUGUCCACCCGCGGCUGCUCCCGGUCUUCAGGCGUGCGCUGCGGGCGGGGGCGGCAGUGUCGGCGCCUUGUUCUGGCAGCUGCUGGCCUCCCUGACGCAUGCGCAGUGCGCACUCGCCGACCGCAGUGCUUUCCCGCGGGACGCGUCGCCCCUGUUGACGGAAUACGACUUCGUGGUGGUCGGCGCCGGGUCUGCGGGGGCGGCGGUGGCUGCCAGGCUCUCCGAGAACCCCGUCUGGAGGGUUCUGCUCCUGGAGGCGGGAGGCGACCCUUCCCCAACGUCGGAUGUCCCCGGUCUCUCUCUGACAUUGUGGCAGACCGAGAUGGAUUGGGCGUACCAGACUGAACCGGAAGGUCGCGCUUGUCUGUCACAGGUGGAUGGAAGGUGUGCUUGGCCACGAGGCAAAGGCCUCGGUGGUAGCAGUUCAAUUAACGGCAUGACAUAUAUCAGAGGCAGCCCACAGGACUACGAUGGCUGGGCAGCACUCGGUAACGAUGGCUGGUCGUACCAGGAGGUACUGCCCUUCUUCAAGAAGCUAGAGGCCUUUGAAGAGGAGGAACUGAAGAAAAGACCGCACAUGGCAAGUGUACAUGGGUGCAGUGGUCCUAUUCACGUCACGAAACCAGAGCGCCUAGAUCCUGCCUUUGAGACACUAGACGCCGCUGCCAAAGAACUAGACUACAGAAUUAUUGAGGACUACAGUGCCGAGUCCCAUGUGGGGUUUGGGAAUACACACUCUUCCAUCAGUAAUGGUAUGAGGUGGAGCACAGCUCGUGGAUAUUUAUUGCCAGUGACAGAGAGGUCGAACCUGCAUGUCCUGAAGUUUGCAUACGUAACCAAGGUUCUGAUUCGGGAAAAGGACCAGGCAGCAUACGGCUUACAGUUUCUCAAAGACGGGACUAUCAAGGAAGUUAGAGCAAGAAAGGAAAUAAUACUGUCAGCAGGAGUUAUCAACACACCUCACAUACUGAUGCAUUCUGGAAUUGGGCCAAAAGCCCACUUGGAUAAGGUUGGUGUACCAGUGCUGAAGGAUCUCAAAGUAGGUUACAAUCUUCAGGACCAUCUGGUUUAUUUUGGACUAUGUUACACAAGGAAACAUUUGGUGGGAACAACAGCUGAAGAGAAUUUCUUUAAAUAUUUGAUGAACAGGACAGGUUCUCUUUCAACACCAGGACUCAUUUCUUACACAGGGUUCACAGUGACAGAUAAAGCGCCACCUGUCCUUCCUAGUAUCGAUACAACUAACUACCCAGAUAUACAGCUCAUGUUUUCGCUUGCCCAACGCACCACUAACAUCUUUACUGCCAAAGCUCUCACUUUGGAUGAAGAAACCACGAACGCCCUGAAGAAACUUGUUGAAAACGAGGACGUGAUAUUAGUUUCGUUGGUAUUAUUAGCGCCUAGGAGCCGUGGUCGCAUCAGGCUGAAGAGUACCGACCCGACGGACCUGCCACUCAUCUACCCUGGCUACCUUGAAGACCCUGAUGACUUCGAGAAUCUACUUGCUGGGGUGGAGUUUGCCCAGAGGUUUGGCUCGACAGAGGCGAUGCAGAAAGCUGGUUACUCUGUAAAGCAGUUCCCUCUGAAGAACUGCAACCGCUCAUCGCUGCUGAAACACGACUACUGGCGAUGCGCUGUGGCACACCUCACCAGCUCAGGGUACCACCCUGUGGGCACCGCCAAGAUGGGGCCCUCCGCGGAUGCAGACGCGGUCGUUGACCCGUGGCUGCGAGUCCACGGCGUGCGCAAUCUGCGUGUAGCUGACGCGUCCGUCAUGCCAGUCAUUGUUCGCUGCAACACCAACGUCGCCUCCAUCAUGAUCGGCGAGAAGUGUGCGCAUAUGGUGACUGAAGAGUGGCGGCACCACUCCUAG